AUAACAACUGCACCACUGGACCAGACAGUCCAAUUAACAAAAACUGUGCCAUUUUAUCGUUGGGCGGAUGGAAAUCCAACACCAACCAUUACUUGCGUCCAUAAAAAUAGUGUUGGGAGAGGAAACAAGCUACAUUUUGGCUUAACAAGGUUUACCGACGCUGGGUGGUAUACAUAUGAUGCAGAAACUGGGAUAGGCGAACGAGCAUACUUUGUAAUUGCCAGAAGUGAAAGCAGGCUCAUCAGUGGAAAGAUGGUGAUCUUGAAUGAAAAAUUUGACGUUGGCUUAUUGAAUAAGGAAAGAGAAAAAUAUCACAAUUUCUCCAAGCGUAUUGCUCAGGUGGUUGAAGAUCUCUUUAAAGCUGAUAUUAACUACUAUGCAACCAAAGUGAUACCAUUCAAAAGUGGCUGCGUGAAUGUGUAUUUCAAGUUGGAAUUUAAGAGAAUAGUUCGAGCUAGCAUCAUAAUUUCCACCCUAAAAUAUGCUGCGAUGGAUGGGAAGUUUGGGAGUUUUGUUGUCGAUCCGUCAUCAAUCACAGUACUGCAAGACGAGACGCCUGCAUCAAGUUCGAAGAAAAGUACAGGAGAGAAAGGUUCACUGUUAGUUGUUUUUUUCUUCUUACUGGUGGUUUUUGUUCUAAUAUAUUUUGUGUGCCGCUCCAAGAAACAAAGCAGAACUACAAGCUCCGUUGUUCCUGGUUCUGGAGGUAGAACAGCAAGCUCCGUUGUUCCUGCUUCUAAAGCUGGUCAAAGCACUGGUGGCACACGUCCCUUUCAAGACGUAUAUCAGUUAUCGAGGGUAAAAGCAGAUCGCACCAAAGAAGAAGAACGGGUUUUCAGAC